AUGCAGACGCAAAAAGGAAAUGAAAAAACAAAUAAUAGGUAUAAAGCAAAGCGUUCAAGUAAACUAUUUUCUAACAAUGGUAAUAUGAAAAAUCAGGAUAACAAUGAAAAUAAACUUUCAAAUAAUUUUGCAACAGCAGAAGCUGCUUGGAUAGAAAAGAAACAAAAGUUAUAUAAAGAUACAAAUAAUCAACCAUUAUGGGAUUUUCGAAAAAUUCAAAUAAAUCCGAUUGAUAUAGAUGAAUUAUUUAGUUUCCCUACAAAUAAAAUAACAUCAACAAAAUAUGGAUCCUAUAUUUUUAUUUUUCGAAUUUUAUAUGAACAACUUUUACGCUUACCAAAUCUAUGGUUUUUAAUAAUAUCCUUACUAGAAUAUAUUCCUUCUUUCCAAAUAUUAUCAGAUCAUUUAUAUUAUUAUAAACAUUCAUCGAUAUAUUUGUUAUUAUCUUUUAUAAUAAUAUCUAUAAUAAAAAAUUUGUAUGAAGAUUCAAGAAGGUCUAAAAUAGAUUAUCAAAUAAAUAAUAGAUUAUGCCAUAUUAUAGAUGGAUCGACUUCUAAUUUAAAAGUAGUAAAAUGGAUGGAUUUAACUGUAGGUAGUAUUAUACGCUUGGUAGAAAAUGAGCAAGUACCUGCAGAUAUUAUAUUAUUAAGUUGUAAUAAUAGUGAUGGCUCAGUCUAUGCUGAAACAUCGCUAGUAAACGGAGAAACUAAUCUAAAAAAAAAAUAUUGUGUUAAUGAAACCCGAAAUGAAUCAUCUGUCUAUAGUGUAUGCAAUAUUAAAGGAAGAAUAACAUGUGAAAAGCCAAAUAUGAAUAUGGAAUCAUUUAAUGGAUCAUUAAAAUUAGAUGCACAUCCUCGUGCUACAUCUUUAUCAAUUAAUAAUGUUGUUUUUAAAGGGUCUUAUAUAAAAAAUACAGAUUAUGUAUUUGGUGUUAUUAUAUAUACAGGAGUAGAUACAAAAAUUAUGAAAAAUACAUUAAGGAAUACAUAUAAAUCUGGAUAUGUGAAUAGCGAAUUAAAUACCUAUACUAUUAUUACGAUUCUUUUUGUAUUUUUAUGUGUUUUUAUAUCAACAUUAUGCAAAUGGACUGAUGAUAGUAAAUAUAAACACGGAACAGACGUAUUAUUAAUAACAGUUACAAAUGGUUUAUUGGAAUUCGUUAUGAAAUAUAUUAUAUUAUAUUCAAAUAUAAUACCUAUCAGUGUUUUAAUAACCAUAGAUUUAAUAUCUAUAAUGCAAAGUAUACUAAUAGAAAAUGAUAACAGAAUCUGUGUUUUUGAAAAUGAAACAUCAGAACCAUUGAUAUCAGAUGAUAAUUAUGACAUAACCGAUUUAAAAACGAGAAAAUCAUAUAAUUAUUUUAGAAAAUAUACAUAUUUUUUAAAUAACAUUAAUUUAAGAAAUUUAUCUAGAAGUCGAAAUUCUUCAAAUAACAUGGAGACGUAUUCAUAUAAUAAAAAAAGUUUUAUAAGCACAUUUGAUAAACUUGUAAAGUUUAAAAAUCAGUUUAAUAAAAAAGAUAGUAAUCAUACUAAUUCAAAACCACCAUCAAAUGCUAUUUGUAAUCAAAUGCCAGCUGAAGAAAGCUAUUGCAUCCCUGAAAAUAAAUAUACAAAUGAUUAUUCCUUUUCAAAAAAAUCGAAUAACAAUACAACUUCUAUUUCUAAUUACAAUGAUGAUGACAUAAUGCAUAAACAAUAUGAAAUUGAAAACAUUCAAAAGAACCCGUCUUAUUCAAAAAAAAAUAAUAAUAUAUACAAAGAACAUAUUAGAGAAAAGGAAAUUGCUCAAGAAAUUAGUGUUAUACACGAUAAUCAAGAAGAUGAAUAUAAUAAUAUUCAAAAUAAACAUGACAAUUUUUCAACUAAAGAUAGUGAAUCUAAGAUAACCAAAAGUGUUAGUAUCAAUAAUAAAUAUACAAUAAAAAAUGAAAAAACUAAUAUCUUUAAAUAUUUGUUUCCAUUUCUUUUUAAUAAAAAAAAUUCUAAUUCAAAAAUGGUAAACUUAAAAAAUGAUAUUAAAAAAUAUGCAUUAAGUCAGAAAAAAUCACUAAAAGAUAACUUUUAUGGAUGGGGAAUUUGCUUAAAUUCAAAUAUGCAUGGAGACUUAGGAAAUGUUGAUUUUAUAUUUACCGAUAAAACUGGGACAUUAACAAAUAAUGAAAUGUCUUUUAAUAUAUGUUCUAUAGCUGGAAGGAUGUAUGGAAAACCUCGCAGAAUUAAAAAUCGAAGUAGAAACAAAAAUAAAAUAUUUUUUUCUAAUCAAAGUAACAUUUGUUAUAAUACUAAGUUGGAAAAUAGGGAUUGUAUAGUAGAUCAAUUUGAAAAAAGAAUCACAUUAAAUGAAGAAAAUACAUUUAAUGAUAUUACAAAUGAUACAAUUCAAAAAAUAAAAAAUAAUCCAGAAGAAAUUGAUGCUGAUCAAACAUAUAUACCUAAUACUACUAAAGGAAACAUUUAUAAAGACAAUAAUAUGGAUAAAAAUAAAAUGAAUGACGAUACAAAAAUUACAAAUGAUAAAUAUUUUAAUACUAAUUUAGAUGCCGAAGACGAUGAAUAUAAUAAGUUUUUAAUGAAAAAUAUUCAGGAUCAUCACGGAUUUAACGAAACUAAUUUUGAUGAAUAUACAAAAGAUUCUUAUAAGAAAAAUAUGUCUAAUUAUAAAUCAGAUUGUACAUCUAACAUUAAUGAUGGAAAAAAAAUAAGUUAUCCCUAUUUUGAUAGUAGUCAAUCAUUAGACGAUUCUUCAAUUAUGUCAUCUGAUUCAUCUUCAGAAACAGAUACUACUUCCAUAUCAGAUUAUUAUAAGUCUUCAUCUGAUGCUUCAUUUUAUGAAUAUCAAAAUUCAGAAGUAAAUGAGGCUAUGGAUGAUGAUAGUAUUCAUUUAGAUUAUAAUAAAACGAAAGUAAAUAAAAACGAUGAAAAUGAUGAUUCUAAAAACGAUCAAACAAAUAAAUUAAUAAAUAAAACCUACAUAUUCAAUAAAAGUUAUCUAAACUAUUUAAUGGAACAUAAGUAUCCAAAACCCAAAAAUUUUAGAACAAAUAUGACCCCAGAAAUGACAAAGACUCGAUGCGAAUUUAAUGACAAAAAAAUAUUUAUAGAUUUAAACUCAAAUACUUGGAGAAGCUAUUAUAUCGAAGAGUUUUUUAAAUGUAUAACAUUAUGUCACACUAUUGUCCCUUAUAUUCAAUUUGAUUAUAUUCGAAAUAAGAAUUUAGCGCAUAACUCUUCAAGACAUUCUAAAAUAAGUUCUAAUUAUUUCGAAAGGUAUAAUAAUGAAUUAAAAAAAAAUACAUAUACUGAUAUAAGUAAAGUAAAUAAUGAAAUAAGUUCUCAUGUAUCUCGCGAAAACACUUACGAGUCAAAAAUGAGGCGAGUUAUUAGGCACAAAAAAAAAUAUAGUAAUAAUUCUUUAAUUUUUGAUAAUACAAAAAUGUUUUCGUAUAGUAUAAAUAAAGCUUUUCUGAAUGGAAAGGGGGCACGGUUCAAAGCAAGCACAAAUGAUUACAGUACACAAAAUAGUCUAAAAAAUGAAAAUAAAAAAAAUAAUAUGAUAAAAAAAGAAUCCACGUUUCAAAUAUUUUUUAAUAAAUAUUUUAAUAAAAAUAAAAUGGAAAAUAAACCGGAUAAAAGUCAAGACAAUUAUAAUGUAGUAGAGGAAAAUCUAAAGACAAAAAAAAAUAAUAAAAAAGGAGACGAAACAGAAGAUGAAGAAUCAAACAUGUGGAAUAAUUAUUAUAAUUUUACCAGAAAUAAAAGUAUCAUGCACACAGGAAAAAAUCGUGAACGUGACAGGACGCAAAAAAGGCACAGUACAGUUUCAUUCAAACGAAUAUCAAAAGAAAAAAUGAUGUCUUUAAGUAGUUAUUCUGAUGACAAAUUUGUAAGCGUAAAUUGCAAAAAUAAAUCUUAUAAUUUAAGUUAUCAAAAUUCAGAAGUAUCAUCUUCUCAUAAUAAAAAACAUGAAACAGAUUUAGAAGAUUAUCCAAGUAACAAAAUAGAUAAUAAAAGUACAGGAACAUAUGACGAUUUAGAUAAAACUAAAUAUACGAAUGCAACAGAUAACGGUGGUUCUGAAUAUAAUGCAUAUCUAGAUUCUAUAAAAUAUCAAUCAACCUCAUUAGAUGAAGAAUGCUUAAUAUAUACAUCAAGCUAUUUAGGAUACAGACUUAUAUUAAGAAAUAAAAAUACUAUGUGUGUUGAAAUCGAUGGUAAUUUCUAUAAUUGGACUAUUAUUGGUAUUAACGAAUUUACUAAUAAAAGAGGAAGAAUGUCAAUUGUUGUCAAACCAGAAUAUAUGACUAAGGGUUCUAUUUUAUAUGUUAAGGGUUCUGAUGCUUCUAUUUUAUCUUUAUUAAAUUUAAAGCAUAGCAAAUUUUUUGAAAAAAAAAAAAGAAAAAAAAAGCAAUACUCCAGAAAAUAUAAUAAAAUGAAUAAAUAUUAUAGUGCUGAAGUGGGGGAAAGAACCAUUAAAUCUACAAAACAAUAUAUAUCCGACCAUUCUCUAAAAUCAGAAUUUUACGAAACGGAAGACUAUCAAAGUGGUGUAGAAAGCAAAAUCUAUAAACCACAAUUUCAGUUCAAUAAAAAUAAUGAAUACGGUGUUAAAGAUAAUUCGGAGGAUAAAAAUUUAUAUAUGAAAAAAAAGAAAAAAAACAAAUUUAAAGAACGCAGUAGACAAUUAGAAAAACAAUUGAGAAAAUUUUCAAUGAAAGGUUUAAGAACAAUGGUAUUUGCAUUUAGAUAUUUAAAUGAAAUAGAAACUAUGGAAUAUAAAAAAAUGUAUGACGAUGCAUGCAUGUCUAUAUAUAAUAAAGAAACAAAAUUAGAAGAUGUUGCUAAUCAUGUAGAAAAAGAUUUAACAUAUCUUGGUAUAACAGGUAUUAAAGAUAGACUACAAAAAAAAGUAACAAAUACAAUGGAAAUGUUAAAUCAAUCUGGUGUUCGAAUUUGGAUGUUGACGGGAGAUAAUGUUGAAUAUUCUUUACACAUAGCAUUUUUAUGCAAUUUUUUAAAUUCUCAUACAAAAAUAUUUCAUGCAAUGCUAGAAAAUACUAGUUAUAAAAAAUUAAAAAGGGAAGGUACUGCUUUGUAUGAAUUAUUUCAAUUGGAAAAAGAAGAAAAAAAACCUCAUGAAAAAAUAUGUCUGUUAAUAAAUGGAAAAAAUUUACAAACAUUUUUAAAUCAUAAUGAUUUACAAACAUAUUUUCUUAAUAUGGCAUGCACAUCUGAUGCUGUUAUAGCUUGUAGAAUAACUGCAAAACAAAAAGCAUUUAUAGUUCGGUUGAUAAAAAAUAGGUUGUCCCCAAGACCAAAUACUUUAGCUAUUGGUGAUGGAGCAAAUGAUAUUGCUAUGAUUCAAGAAGCUAAUAUAGGAAUAAGUAUAAUGACAUCUAAAAGUAUUAUAUCGGCUGGUUAUUCAGAUUAUUGUAUUAAAAAUUUUUGUUAUUUAAGGAAAUUGCUAUUUAUAUAUGGGUCUAAACAUUUAUAUAGUAUUAGUAUAAUUUUAUAUUGGAGUUUUUUUAAAAAUAUAAUUCUUAUUUUACCAGUAUUUUUUUAUCAAUCUUAUGCUUCUUGGAGUUGUGUAAAAAUAUACCCAGAAUUAUUGCAUACAUUAAUUAGUAUAUUUUGGGUAUUAAUACCUAUAAUUUAUUAUAUGUUUUUACAACAUAAUCUUAAUUAUGAUAUACUAUAUAAUAUUCCGUUAUUUUACGCAUUAAGCAGAAGAAAGUAUAAUAUGAGUAUAUUAAAAUUUUUAUCUUGGGCAUUCGAAGCAAUAUUUUAUUCUCUAGUAGUUUUCUUUUUCUCAUAUGCAGCACUUAGUGAAAAUUCUCAUUUAAAUAAUGGUGAAGUCGUUACAAUCAAUACGUUUGGUAAUAUUUGUUUUCUUGGUUGUUUAUUAAUUUCUAUUUUCAGACUUUUUUUAGAAGGAUCUUUAUGGUCUCCAUCGAUAUUAAUAACAUGUUGUGGCUGUUUCCUUUUUGUUUUUUUCCCGUCAAUACUUUUUAUAUGUAUAGCAUAUUUGUCUAAUGAAUAUAUAAGAGAAGUUUUCAGACAAACAUUUCUAUGGAAUCCCAUAUAUGUACUCCUAUUUCUAUGGUUUACUACUUGUAUUAUAUGUUAUAUGCUUAUAACAUUUACAAAAUCAUUAUUUUUCCCAAAUAUAUAUAAUGUUGUUAAUCAUUGGUUAUUUGAAUACUAUCAAGAAAAAUAUGUAAAAUACAAGUAUUUACAUUUUAUAUCCGGUAAAUCAAAGUUUCUAAGUUUAAAAAAAAUCAAAAAUAAAUUGAAAAAGAAGUUUGGAAGGAAACCGAAAAUGACUAAUAAUGCCAAAUGUAAUUUUGAAAAUGAAGUGAAUAAUAACACUUCUAUAGAAAUUAAAUCAGAAAAAAGUUAUAAAAACAAUAAUUCCUAUGUAAACAUAAAUAUAUUCGAGUCGAAUGAUAAAACAAAUGGUCCUAGAAAUUUUAAUGAUCAGACAUUAAAAAAGAAGCAUGAAUACAAAUUUAAUAAUAAUAUCCAACAUGAUGAAGAACAUAUAUCAAAUGGAAGAAAUAUUGUCUUAUCAACAAAUAGCAUUCAUGCUAUGGAAUUUGAUGAGGAUUCUGUUAAUAGGAAUUAUGAAAAUAAAAAAAAUAAAGACAAUAAAAUAGAAAAUCAAAAUUUAGAUGUAAAAGAUGAAAAUAUAAAUCCAAACGAUGAAAAGGGUAACGAAAUGAAAAAUGUUUCUAUAGAAUCACAAAAAAAUACGAAUGAUCUUAAAGAGAUACCUAAUAAAAUAUAUCCUUUCCAAUUGAAAAAUAUAAAUCAGAAAAAAAAUAUUAAAAAAAAAACUAAUGAGAUAAAAUAUGAUGAAAAACAAAAAAAUAAAUAUAGCAAUUAUCUCAGUAAUAGUAAUACAUUACAUAAAGAUUUAGACAACUUAGAUACAGAAAAUGAUUUUUAUAAAUCUCGUAAAAAAAGCUUAAUUAGCAAUAAUUCAAUAAACUAUAAUAAUGAUACAACUACUAGUGCUGAUUAUUAUUAUACCGAUGAAAAUACUUAUGAUGAUUCAAAAUCUGAAGAAGAAAUAAAACCAAAUGGUAAAAUCGAUGAAUCUUUAAUAAUUGAAAUGAAAAAUUGCUUAAACCCAUUUAAAAAUACAUUCUUAAUAGAUUUAUUGCCACAAGGAAAAAAUUUUCAAAUUAAUGAAGAACAUGUAUUUUUUAAAAAUAAUGAACGUAUAGAAAAUAUACCAGAACCAUCAGAUGUUAAUAAAAAAAAUUAUAAUAUCAUACAAAAUAGACCCCAAUUUUACGUUAAUGAUUCUGUUUCUGAAUUUUCCUACACAAGUGAAGAAACAUUAAGUGAUACAAAUAACAAUAAUAUGAAUAAUAAUGCAAAAACAAAUAAAAAGAAACAACAAGAUGAGAAUACACAACAAGAAAUCGUUAAAGUUAGCAAUUUAAUAAACAGACUUACAUUAGCAUUUAAAGAUAUGCAAUUAGAGUCAGGAUUUCAAAUACACAAAAAAAAUAAAUUUUAUAAAACGUAUAUUCCUUGGUAUCGUUUUAUAUUUGUUUUAUUGGGAAUAUUUUUUAUAUACAUAUGGAAAUUAGAAUUAUUAUUAAGUGAAUCAUGGAAUAUAAUAGAAAAUUCAUCUGCUAAUUUAUUUAUAUUAAUUUUAUCCGUAUUAUUAGAACUAACAUUAGGCGUUGCAACAUUUACAACAUUUUUUCCUAAAAUAUUUAUAGAAAAUUUUAACAAAAUUAUUAGUGCGGUAGUUGUAUUAAUAAUUGCACAUCAUGUUGUUAGUUAUUCUAUUACACAUAUUGAUGGAGUAUUUCAAGCUGUUCUUUUCCCUUUAUACACAUUUGUUAUUUUGAGGCUUUCUUUUGUUAAUGCUGUAAUAUAUAAUAUUAUUUUUUUAGCUUUAUUUAUUAUUAGAUUUAAAGGAGAUAAUUUUUUAGAUGUAAAAGGAUUAGUUCAUUAUAUUCCAUUAUUUAUCGGCGUAGAUGUUUUUGUAGGAUUUGUUGGUUAUCGUCUUGAAUAUAACCAACGAAAGAACUUUUUAUUAGAAUAUUCUGUUGAAGCAUCUAGAAGAAAACAAAGAGAAAUAUUAAAUACUAUGCUUCCACCAUUUGUUGUUGAUGAAAUGAUUUAUUCAGAAUUAAAUGAAGAAGGAAUUCCGAUAUCACUAAAAGCAGAAGAUAUAGAAACUGUUACAAUUAUUUUUUGUGAUAUUUAUGAAUUUCAAAAUAUAGUUGCAACUAUUGAACCUACCAGAUUAGUAGAAAUGUUAGAUAGAUUGUUUUUAUGUUUUGAUAAAUGCACAGAACAUUUUAAUUGUACAAAAAUUGAAACGGUUUUUGAAACAUAUUUAGCUGCUUGUGGAUUAGUAAAAAAACAUUCUGAUGAUAAUAAUGGAAAUAAAGCUAAAGAAGAUGCACAUGAUUCAAUUGAUUUUGCUUUAUCUAUUCUUCAAGUAAGUAGCCAUGUUAAAUAUGAAACAAACAAAUUUAUGAUUAAAAAUGCAAAUUCAUCAGAAACCAACCAGUUAGAUGAAAAUGAUGAAGAUAUAGAAAAAGAUAAUGCAUUAGAAAGGAGACCAACGAGAAUUAGAGUAAAAAUUGGUAUUAAUUCUGGACGAAUCAUUGCUGGAGUUGUGGGAUCUAAAAAACCACAAUAUGCUUUAUUUGGUGAUACGGUUAAUACUGCUUCUCGAAUGAAAACAACUGGAAAACCCGAUUAUAUACAUAUAUCUGAAGCAACUUAUGAUUUAAUUAAAGAUGAUAAAACAUUAAUUUAUGAAAAAAAAGAAACUGAAGUUAAAGGGAAAGGAACGAUGGCUACUUAUCUGUUAACAUCCGUUAUUGGAUUAAAUUAUCCAUUUACAGAUGAACAUGUAGAUAGAAAAAAUAAUUUCCUAUCUGAUUUUUAUCUUGAUCAUACUGAUGUAAAUGAUACAGCAAAUUACGAACAAACUCAAAAUAUAUUUGAUUAUUAUUCAAACAAAGUUACCAAAAACCAAAGCAAUAAUCAAAAUGAAAAUAAUAAUAAAUAUAACUUAAAUGAAACAAUAAAUAGCGAGGAAAAUAAUUAUAUAAAUUCAGAAGACCCGAAUCAAGAUUAUGUAAAUCUAAAAGAUCUGUCAUUAAAUAAAUUACCAAAUGAAUAUAUAAGAGAUGUAAAUACAAACUAUUAUGAUAUCAUAAAACUUAGAAACCUUAAAAUAAGUACUGCAAUUGGACACCAACUUAAUCAAAAGGAACUUCUUAGCAUGGCUUUAUUAAAUAAUGGGUUUAAUAAUGAUUCAUCAGAAAGUGUAAAUAAAUAUUUUGAAAAUAAUAAUGAUACUGAUGAGAUAAAAGAUAUAGACAAUAUUUUAAGAAAACAAUCUAUUAACGAUUCAUUGUAUUAUUUGAAUGAUAGCAUUAUAAGAAAAGAUCAAGAAUAUGUAAAUCCUACAUCUAAAAAAUACAGCCAAAAUAAUAAUAUCAUAUCUAAUUCUAAUAAUAUGCUUCGCCAGUUUAAUAGGCAUAGUAUAAAUAGCUAUGUAUUAUCAGCAGAAAAAGAAAUUGAAGAUACACAUGAAGAAGAUUAUCAAAAUAUCCAAUUAUGUGCUAGAAGAUGCAAUAAUUGUCAUGAAAGUUAUUGCUCUCCAAAUAUCUGUAUUAAUGAAGAUCAUGUAAAUCACGUAGCAUAUCAUCAAAUGUUAAGCAAUAUACGACGCAACUAUUUAAAAAACAUGAGAAAAGAGGAUAAAAAGGAUCCAGAAAAACAUAAAAUGAUUCAAAAUUUUAAUAUAUUUAAUUUAUCUUGUAUCUUUUCAUGCAUACCGAAAUUAUUUACAUGGAUUAAACAAAAAAACACAUUAGCACAUAAAAAAAAUUAUACUAAUAAUAGCGCUUAUGAAAAAGACGAUCGAAAAUUGUAUCAGAACAAAUCGACAAAUUUUAUUUCGUUAAAUAGGGAAUGGAUAUUUCUUAAAUUUAGUGAUAAAAAUUUAGAAGCAAAGUAUAAAGCUCAUUUUUACAGUAACAAAUCUAACAUUAAUUCAAUUGAGCAAGCACUAAUCAUUUUUUUAGUUACAUUUGUUAUACAAACAUUAAUUUCAAGUAUCGUUCCUAUAAUGUUUGUAGAUCAUCAAAGAGCAACACAAACAUUAAAAGUUAAUUAUUUUGCAUACUGGUCCGUUAGAUCUGUAUAUACUUAUAUCGGUUUCAUGGUCUGGCUAUUGUUCCACUAUAGAACUAGAUCCGAAGUCUCGUCUUUAUUAAAUAUAAAAUGGAUGAUAUUUUUUCUUAAUUUAUUGUUUAUAUCUGCUGCAUGUGCUUUUUCUAUAGCAUACUUAUGGACAAACUCAGAGACGGACAAUUCAACUUCACAAACAAUAUGGAUGACCCAUGAUACUGUUGAACUAUUUUUUUAUUUGGUAAUUUUACACCAUAAUACAGGAAUGUUAUUUCAAACUUGCAUUUUAGUAGACUUAUUGUUUAUUACAAUGUCUUUAACAUUUAUAUCCACUAGUGUAGUAAAAACGAUAACAACAGAUUCAACAGUUUUAUUAAUACCAUGGUAUAUUAUUUUUAAUUUAAUAUCAACAUAUUGUAAAGAAUCUAUAGAUAGAAGAACAUUUUAUGCAAAUGAAAGUGCAAAAAAAACAGAAAGAAGAGCAACUGAUUUAUUAAAUGAUAUGCUUCCAAAACAUGCUCUUGAAGAUUUUCAACAAGACAAAUUAAAAUUAGCAUAUACUCAUGAUCGACUUACUUUCUUAUUUGCUGAUAUAUGUGGAUUUACUUCAUGGGCCAAUGGUGUAGAUGCUUCAGAAGUUUUAACCUUGUUACAAAAAUUAUUUGCGAGAUUUGAUAAUGAUAGUACAAAAUAUGGUUUAUAUAAAUUAUGUACAAUUGGAGAUGCAUAUGUUGCAAUAAGUGAACCCGUAACUGAAGAUAAUAAUGACUAUGAUCCAGUAGAUGGAACAGAACGAGUAUUAGAAAUGGCAUAUUCAAUGAUAAGAAUUAUAAAAGAAAUAAGAGAAAAGUUGUGUAUACCCAAUCUAAAUAUGAGAAUAGGAUUGCAUUAUGGUUCAUGUGUAGGAGGAGUUAUUGGUUCAGGCCGCUUAAGAUAUGAUUUAUGGGGAAUAGAUGUAUUAACUGGUAAUCUUAUGGAAAGUAAUGGAGUACCUGGAAAAAUUAAUGUCUCAGAAACACUUAAAGAUUUUUUAUUACAACAAUUUAGAAAUAGAUUCAAAUUUAAACCUCAUAAAUCUGUUAGGGUUAUUUAUAAAGAUGUCAAAUCUUAUAUUAUUACUGAUAAGAAAGAGGUUGAUACAUCUAAUAACUUCAAUUUAAUAAAUAAUAAAAACUACAUAUUUAAUAGAAAAUCUAGAAAACGAUCUAUAGUAUUGUCCACAAUAUCCGAAUCUGAUCAUUUAUCUACAUUACCAAAAUCAAGUCGUCAUAUAAAAUAUUUUGGUAAUAGUAAAUCAACGAACAAAGAUACGAGCUGUAAACAUUCCAAAGACACGAGCUCAAUUUUGUAA